CUCAAACACUGGAGAAACACUGAGUGUCUGUGAGAAGUCAACACGAUCUGGAAGAUUGGAAUCAACAUGUCUGCCAGUCCGACUACAGGUAGCAGCUCCUCUGGGUUGACCACUGCAGCACCACCCCGCCCAGGUAUCAGUGUGGAUGCUGCAGACAUCGCUGUGGUUGUCGUCUACUUUGUCUUUGUCAUGGUGGUUGGAAUCUGGUCAUCAAUGCGAGCUAAUCGCACCACUGUGAGGGGGUACUUCUUGGCUGGCCGUUCAAUGACUUGGUGGCCUAUUGGAGCGUCUCUGAUGUCCAGUAAUGUUGGCAGCGGUUUGUUUAUUGGUCUGGCGGGAACAGGAGCAGCCGGAGGAAUCGCUGUUGGGGGAUUUGAAUGGAAUGCAGCGUGGGUCCUGGUGGCUCUGGGGUGGAUCUUCAUCCCUGUCUAUAUCUCUGCUGGUGUGGUGACCAUGCCUGAAUACCUGGCCAAACGCUUUGGAGGCCAGAGGAUACGCAUAUACAUGUCUGUUCUGUCACUCAUCCUCUACAUCUUCACCAAAAUAUCUACAGAUAUAUUUUCGGGGGCAAUGUUCAUCCAGGUGUCAAUGGGCUGGGAUCUCUACCUGUCCACUGGUAUACUGCUGCUGGUCACUGCUGCUUACACUGUGGCAGGUGGUUUGGCAGCAGUGAUCUACACUGAUGCGCUCCAGACUGUGAUUAUGGUUGGGGGAGCCUUCGCACUAAUGUUCAUAGCGUUUUCCAAAGUUGGCUGGUAUGAGGGUCUUAUGGAUCAUUAUAUGUCAGCUGUUCCCUCGGUGAUAGUCCCCAACACCACCUGCCACCUGCCUCGUAGUGACGCCUUCCACCUGUUCAGAGACCCUGUGUCAGGUGAUAUACCGUGGCCAGGUCUGGUGUUUGGGCUCACUGUACUGGCUACAUGGGUCUGGUGCACAGAUCAGGUUAUAGUCCAGAGGUCUCUGUCAGCCAAGUCUUUGUCUCAUGCCAAAGCAGGCAGCGUGUUGGGAGGCUACCUCAAAGUGCUGCCCAUGUUCUUCAUCGUCAUGCCAGGCAUGAUCAGCCGAGCACUGUUCCCAGAUGAAGUAGGUUGUGUGGAUCCAACAGUGUGUAACAGUGUUUGUGGCGCUUCAGUUGGUUGCUCCAACAUCGCCUACCCUAAACUAGUGGUGGAGCUAAUGCCUGUUGGUCUCCGUGGUCUGAUGCUAGCAGUGAUGUUAGCUGCUCUGAUGUCGUCUCUGACCUCCAUCUUUAAUAGCAGCUCCACUCUGUUUACACUGGACCUCUACCACAAAGCCAGGCCCAAAGCCUCAGAGAGGGAGCUCAUGAUAGUUGGAAGAUUGUUCAUCCUGGUCUUGGUGUGUCUUAGUCUGUUGUGGAUUCCAGUCAUCCAAACAGCCAACAGUGGACAGCUGUUUGAUUACAUCCAGUCAGUGACCAGCUUCCUCGCUCCUCCCAUUACCGCUGUGUUCCUAAUGGCUAUCUUCUGGCCACGUGCCAACGAGCAGGGUGCAUUCUGGGGUCUGAUGAUUGGACUCGUAGUGGGACUGAUCCGCAUGGUUCUGGAAUUCUCCUAUGCAGCUCCCUCCUGUGGACAGCCUGAUCAUCGGCCUGCAAUCCUGGCUGAUGUCCACUACCUGUACUUUGCUCUCAUCCUGUUGGCUCUCACCUGCAUCAUCAUUGUUGCUGUCAGCUUGGCCACUGCCCCAAUACCUAAGGAACAUCUGUAUAGGCUGACCUGGUGGUCCAGACACAGCCAGGAGCCUCGUAUCGACCUCACAGGUCCCCCCAUGACCUCUGACCCAGCGAUCUCUGAUGUCAGCCCUGACUCUGACCACUUGCCACAAUCCUGGUGGCGGAGAGCAGCUCUGUGGCUCUGUGGUUUGACGAGUCCGAGCUCUGGCUCUGUAUCCCCAGCAACUGAGACCAGUGAACUGACCUCCCUGCACGAGGAGCCGCUCUGGAGAAGAGUCUGCAAUAUAAAUGCCUUGCUACUACUGGCUGUUAAUGUGUUUCUCUGGGGAUACUUUGCCUAAUGAGGUGUUAUCAGUGAGGAUAGACUGAUGUACUGGACUGGUAUUUGGUCCAGUGACUGAUCAGCUGCUGUGCUUGAUCUGUCUUCUGUGCAACAUUUAGCGGUGUCUCAUCAGGAAUGUCUAAUAAUGCAAUCCAAUUUAACCACACUAACCAACACAUGAAGAAAGUGGUCCGUAUAUCAAUUCCCAAAUAUCUAUGAAUUAAUCAUUCCAUAAUGAUCUAUAAAUAUAGUAUGUUAAUGGAGGAAAGAAAUCAAGAGGACAGUCUACGGGUCCUUCCCCUUAAGAUUUUGAGUGUCAGACAUUCCUGCAUUCUGGCUAUUUUUUAUGCACCAAUUGUUUUUUUUAUAGUAUAUUUUUCAAAUGAUUCUAAUAAUAAUAAUAAUAAUAAUAAUAAUAAUCAUCAUCAUCAUCAUAAUAAUACCCUUUACAUUUUAUUUGUCAGGUUCAUUAUUGCCUGAUUGUAACUUUCCCUAAAAUCUUAGGGGAGUUGCUUAACCAUACAUUUUUGGAAAGUUUAGAGUGCGAUGAACCCCAAAAUCAAUAUUUUCAUUUUGUUUUCAAAUUGUCUGCGGUGGACAUCUUGGACUUUUGAAAUGGUGCCCACCCAUAAUUUGUUUCUAGCUGGAUCCCUCGUAAUAAAUCCAAUUCACCUCUGAUUUUCGUGGCUAAUUACAAUUUUACAACACAGGCAACAAAUGGGACCACUUGCAACAAAAUAAAGAUGAUCUCAUGAAUGUUAGUCCCCACUGUAGCCCCUGGAGCUACAGUGACCACUGACCAUGUUUUGAAGCUCUACCUCACUGUAAAAAAUGACCUAUAGUGACCUCUCGGAUAAUCGGAGCCUCAUAAAAUUUUACAAACACAAACAAGAGACCUCAAUGGCAUUUAGAGGAUGUACAGUAUGGCAUUCAUAUGUAUAUUAACAAUAAGGGGGUUACUCAGCAGGUUCCAGAAAGUGCUAACCACUUGAUUACUGAAAAAUGCAAUUCUUACAAAAACAGUUUUUGAUGCCAAAUCACAGCAUGGAUUUCUCUGCGGUGCUCCUCUCCUCAGGGUCUUGACAUCUUAAUGUGGUAUUUUAAAGGGAGUUUUGGCAAUUUGUUAUCAAUUCUUGAGUGGUCAAAAUGGUUACAUUUUGCAUUCAAUCUAUGAAAAUUGCUGCAACAUAUGACUUAUGAGAAGUAACAGAGCAUGAGGAUGGCCAUCAUAUACCAUCUUCAUCAUAAUAUUCUAAGCCCCUAUCUAAACUUUCAAAGUUAGAGGAGGCUACAAAUGAAUGGGGCAGCUUUGGCUCAGAGGGUAAAGCACCACUUAAAUUGUUUAGUUGUGACAGAGUAUUUUUACAGUGUGGUACUGGAACUUUAACUUAAGCAAAGGAUAUAAAUGCUUUCUCCAAUGCUGGCUUUAAGACUCAAAGCACUUUUCAGAGAGGGUCCUUCAGCUCCCGAGCUCCCUGCCAGAGGAUCUUAUGUUUGCUGUCUUUUAAAUCACUUUUCAAAACCUCUGAAAUACACGUUUCUUACCAUAUGCCCACAUUUUAUAUUUGCCUGUUUAAGAGUCUCUUAUUCUUUUUUAUUUGCUUAUAUGUCACUCUUUUGAGAGGCAUUUUAUUCAAUUUCCCAUUAAAAGUAUCAUUGCUG